AUGAGCAAGAGGCUGAUAGAGCAACUUCAGCUUCAUCUGGCUGCACAAAAGCACAGGAAAGAGUCAAUCAUAAGACAAUCGCGUGCCGACAUCGCUCAGCUCCUUCAGAAUGACCGGCUUCAGCAAGCCUUAACGAGGGCCCAGCAACUCUACAAGGACCAAUGCCUAUUGGCUGCAUAUGAUCAGAUCAACCAAUUAUGUGGAUGUAUCAUCACCAGUAUGCCCCACAUUAGCCAACAACAAGCCUGGCAUUGCUUGCCUAUUGAUGUCAGCCAGGCAAUAUCAAACUUAAUAUUUGCUUCCUCAAGAUGUGGUGACCUGCCAGAGCUACACAUGCUGCGAAGCCUGUUUAAGAUUCGUUAUGGAAGCAAAUUUGAGACUACCAAUGUUGAAUUAUUGCCUGGAAAUCUUGUGGAUUCCGAAAUGAAAGAGAACUUAUCUGUGAAUUCAGUGCCAGAGGAUGUAAAGCUAUGGCUAAUAAACGGAAUCUCUUAUGAGUACAAUAUUCAUCUGGGAUUUCAGAAUUUUGGGCAUAGUUUCAGACCACAAUGGCAGGAGAAAGCUGAAGUUUUGGAUUUGGACAUCCAAGAUAUUUGCAGUGACAGCGAUGAGAGUUCCAUACCGGCUUCAAAACCCAGGACACCAACAAAAACAAAGUCACUUUAUAAUGAUAUGGACAGAAGCAGUACUGAUAGUCUGGGUAGAAGUCAUAUCAAGACUAAGAAAAAUGAAGUUUUAAUCAGAAAUCUUGAAGCACCAGCAACUAGCACUUCAUCUUAUGGUACCCUUCCUUUUCAUCAGACAUCUUUUAUCUAUCUUGAUGAUAUUGAAGUGAAGUCUUUGAGUCAAAGUCACAGCAGCAGUAAGAAAGCUCCUAGAAGUGUGGUAGACUCCUGCAAUAGCAGUGCAAGCCCUAGUAGUGUCAGUAAUGUGACAAAAAGGCCAGCCAAGCCAAGGUUGGUUAAGAAACCUGUACCUCCUCCCUUGAACAAUGAACAUUACCGAAUUUCAGUCAAAGGUCGAAGUUCCUUAGAUAGUUCAAUUAAUGAAUGGAAAGGGCAAAGUGGAAGCUCAUCUAGCUCAAGCCAUGUCCACCCAAAGCUCCCAAACUAUGAAGAUGUAGUAGCUAAAUUUACAGAUAUCAAGGCAGAAUAUAGGCACCGCAAAAGCUUCUGUUAUUGAAAACUUAAAGAGGAUGUAUUGGCUAGACUUCUUGCUAUCACAUUUAUCAGCUGUCUAAUCUAAUGUCUUGUGAACCGUGGUAGGGUUUAAUGAAGAAAAAUGCAAAUCCUUCACACUACCUAAUCAACAGUACCCUUGACUACUUUCAGUGAAUUCCUGUUAUUUUAACGAUUGAAGUUGUACAGCAAUUGUUGAUGGUUAUGUGGGUUCAUGCUGCUGUCUUCAUUAUCAGAUAUUACAAAUCCCAAGUUCCAAGUACGAAUGUAAUAGAAUAAAUUGUAAGCUCAACAGUGCUUACAGAUCUCCAAAGACUUGUUGUUCAAGAUAAAUAACUACCAAGCUAAGGAACAAUGCCUCAUCAUGGAAUGCAACUAGUCGUUGAGAAUAAAUGAAUGCAUUGCACCAAACAAUAAAAGCACCAGGGAGUUCUGGGUAUGCAUACAGACAGAAAUUUGAAUGAAUAUCACAGGUGAUUCAAAAACUAUUCCGUGUAUGAUAUACAGACCCAAAAUACACACCAGAUAAAAGAAUUAACUCUUUACACCCUCAACCUAGCAAAU